AUGCUGCCUGCAACCUUCAAACUGUGUGCUGGCAUCUCCUAUCGGCAUACGAGGAACAUGACAGGUUUAAGGAAGAACGCCAUUGUGGCCAUUCAUCAUGAGCUGAACAGACUGGCAGGGCCGGGCCCCAGUAACUGGAUCAGCCAGGUCCGCCGACGAAGCUCCCUCCUCAGUUCUCGGAUUGAAGAAGAGCGGGGUUACAACGAGGAAGAGAUGUCUUAUGUGAAGCAAGGUGAGGAUGCACUACAGAAGGCCAUCAGCAUCCUCAGCGAACAAGACGGCUGGACGAUUGAAACUGUAGCCGCAAACGGAGACAAAGUCCUGAGUAAGGUGUUGCCUGACAUUGGGAAGGUGUUCAAGCUGGAGGUGAUGUUGGAGCAGCACCCUGACAAUCUUUACGAGGAGCUGGUGGGAAAUAUGGAGCAAAUGGGGGAGUGGAACCCUAACGUCAAACAGGUCAAGAUUCUUCAAAAGAUCGGCCAGGACACAAUGGUUACCCAUGAGGUUGCUGCAGAGACACCCGGCAAUGUGGUGGGACCGAGGGACUUUGUCAGCGUCCGCUGUGCCAAGCGCCGGGGCUCCACCUGCUUCCUGGCAGGAAUGUCAACUCAGCACACGAAGAUGCCUGAGCAGAGGGGUGUGGUGAGGGGGGAGAAUGGGCCGACCUGCAUCGUCAUGAAGCCCUGUGCUGAAGACCCAAAUAAGACCAAGUUCACCUGGUUACUAAGUAUAGAUCUAAAGGGCUGGAUCCCAAAGACGAUCAUAAACAAAGUGCUCUCUCAGACGCAGGUGGACUUUGCCAACCACCUCAGGCAACGGAUGGCUAAUAAUGUUUCUAUGGAGAUGGCUCAUGCCUGCUGA